GUGCCCUGGCCGCAGAGCUGCCGCUGCCGCCCGAUGAAUGGAGUCGCCUUCUGCCUGGUCGGGAUCCCGCCCCGCCCGGAGCCCCGGCCCCCCCAGCUGCCCCUGGGCCCGAGAGAUGGGUGCUCUCCCGGGCGCCCCCUCCCCUGGCAGGGACCGAGGACGCUGCUGCUGCACAAGAGUCUCCAGGAUGGCUUUGGCUUCACCCUGCGCCACUUCAUUGUGUACCCACCCGAGUCAGCUGUGCACUGCAGCCUGAAGGAGGAAGAGAAUGGAGGCCGAGGAGGAGGACCCUCCCCCCGGCACCGCUUGGAGCCCAUGGAUACCAUCUUUGUGAAGAAUGUGAAGGAUGAUGGCCCUGCCCAUAGGGCGGGGCUUCGCACAGGAGACCGGCUGGUGAAGGUGAAUGGGGAGAGCGUCAUUGGGAAGACCUACUCCCAGGUCAUAGCUCUGAUCCAGAAUAGCGAUGAUAUCCUGGAGCUCUCCAUCAUGUCCAAGGACGAGGACAUCCUCCAGCUGGCCUACUCCCAGGACGCCUACCUGAAGGGGAACGAGCCGUAUUCCGGAGAGGCCCGGAGCAUCCCAGAGCCACCCCCACUCUGCUACCCCCGGAAGACCUACGCCCCGCCAGCCCGGGUCUCCACCUGGGCCACUAUGGUGCCUGAGCCCCUCUCAGCGCUACCCAGUGACCCCCGGAGUCCCGCUGCCUGGAGCGACCCGGGGCCCCGAGUCCCAUCAGCCACCCGCACCCAUCCGGACAACCCUUCCUUGGGGAUGAGCCAGCCCCGCCCCAGCCCUGGUGCCUUCCCCCGCCUUCCUGCGGAGUCCCGGACGCCCCGUGCCUUCCCGGAGCCUGGCAGCCGGGUACCCCCCAGCAGACUGGAGUGCCAACAGGCCUUGUCACAGUGGCUGUCGAACCAGGUACCCCGCAGGGCGGGGGAGAGACGGUGCCCCACCAUGCCCCCCCGGGCCCGCAGUGCCUCCCAGGACCGUUUGGAGGACGUGACUGCCCACCGCCCAUGGCCCUGCUCCACCUCCCAGGGUGCCUUGAGCCAGCUAGGCCAGGAGGGCUGGCACCGAGCUCGCUCAGACGACUACCUGAGCCGGGCCACCCGCUCAGCUGAGGCGCUGGGGCCAGGGGCCCUGGUGUCACCCCGCUUCGAGCGCUGUGGCUGGGCUUCCCAGCGUCCGUCUGCCCGCACACCUGCCUGCCCACCGAGGGACCUGCCCGGGCCCCAGGCCCCAGCCCCAACUGGCCUGCAGGGCCUGGACGACAUUGGGUACAUCGGGUACCGGAGCUACAGCCCAUCAUUCCAGCGCCGGACUGGCCUCCUGCACGCACUCUCCUUCCGGGACUCACCCUUUGGGGGGCUGCCCACCUUCAACUUGGCCCAGUCCCCUGCACCAUUCCCACCGGAAGCCUCCGAACCACCCAGGGUUGUCCGACCAGAACCCAGCACUCGGGCCCUGGAGCCUCCCGCUGAGGAUCGCCGUGACGAGGUGGUCCUGAGGCAGAAGCCUCCAACGGGCCGCAAGGUCCAGCUGCCCCCUGCAAGACAGAUGAACCUUGGGUUUGGGGAAGAGUCCCCAGAGCCAGAGGCCAGUGGGCGAGGGGAACGCCUGGGCAGGAAGGUGGCCCCUUUGACUACUACUGAAGACUCUCUGGCUUCCAUUCCCUUCAUCGAUGAGCCCACCAGCCCCAGCAUUGACCUCCAAGCCAAGCAUGUCCCUGCUUCUGCUGUGGUCUCCAGCGCCAUGAACUCGGCCCCCGUCCUGGGCACCAGCCCGUCCUCCCCAACCUUCACCUUUGCCCUUGGCCGCCAUCAUUACUCCCAGGACUGCAGCAGCAUCAAGGCCGGCCGGCGCUCCUCCUACUUGCUGGCCAUCACCACGGAACGCUCCAAGUCCUGCGACGAUGGGCUCAACACCUUCCGGGACGAGGGCAGGGCUCUGCGGCGCCUGCCAAACCGAGUCCCCAGCCUACGGAUGCUCCGAAGCUUCUUCACUGAUGGGUCCUUGGAUAGCUGGGGCACUUCCGAAGAUGCUGACGCCCCUUCUAAGCGACACUCAACCUCUGACCUCUCGGACUCAGCCUUCAGUGAUAUCAGGAGAGAAGGCUGGUUGUAUUAUAAGCAGGUCCUCACCAAGAAGGGGAAGAAAGCGGGCGGCGGCCUGCGCCAGUGGAAGCGGGUGUACGCCGCGCUGCGGGCGCGCUCGCUCUCGCUGAGCAAGGAGCGGCGGGAGCCCGGGCCGGCGGCGGCGGGGGCGGCGGCGGCCGUCGCAGGUGAGGACGAGGCGGCGCCCGUCUGCAUCGGCUCCUGCCUGGUGGACAUCUCCUACAGCGAGACCAAGAGGAGGCACGUGUUCCGGCUGACCACCGCUGACUUCUGUGAAUAUCUCUUUCAGGCUGAGGACCGGGAUGACAUGCUGGGCUGGAUCAGAGCGAUCCGAGAGAACAGCAGGGCCGAGGGCGAGGACCCCGGCUGUGCCAACCAAGCUCUGAUCAGCAAGAAGCUUAAUGAUUACCGCAAAGUGAGCCAUAGCUCUGGGCCCAAAGCUGAUUCCUCCCCAAAAGGCUCUCGUGGCCUCGGGGGCCUCAAGUCUGAGUUCCUCAAACAGAGUACGGCUCGCGGCCUCAGGACUCAGGACCAGCCUGCAGGGAGUAAGGAUGACAGUGCUGCCACCCCUAAAGCCCCCUGGGGCAUCAACAUCAUCAAGAAGAACAAGAAGGCAGCCCCCAGGGCGUUUGGGGUCCGGCUGGAGGAGUGCCAGCCAGCCACAGAGAACCAGCGUGUCCCCCUGAUUGUGGCUGCAUGCUGUCGCAUUGUGGAGGCACGGGGCCUGGAGUCCACGGGCAUUUACCGGGUGCCGGGCAACAAUGCAGUGGUGUCCAGCUUGCAGGAGCAGCUCAACCGCGGGCCCGGUGACAUCAACCUGCAGGAUGAGCGCUGGCAAGACCUCAAUGUGAUCAGCAGCCUGCUCAAGUCCUUCUUCCGAAAGCUCCCUGAGCCUCUUUUCACCGACGACAAAUACAAUGACUUCAUCGAGGCCAAUCGCAUUGAAGACUCGAGGGAGCGGUUGAAGACGCUGCGGAAGCUGAUCCGGGAUCUCCCAGGACACUACUAUGAAACACUCAAAUUCCUCGUGGGCCAUCUGAAGACCAUUGCCGACCACUCGGAGAAAAACAAGAUGGAGCCCCGGAACCUGGCCCUGGUCUUCGGGCCAACGCUGGUGAGGACAUCCGAGGACAACAUGGCGGACAUGGUGACCCACAUGCCCGACCGCUACAAGAUCGUGGAGACACUGAUCCAGCACUCAGACUGGUUCUUCAGUGACGACGAGGACAAGGGAGAGAGGACUCCUGUGGAUGACAAGGAGCCUCAGUCAGUGCCCAACAUUGAGUACCUCCUGCCCAACAUUGGCAGGACAGUGCCCCCUGGUGACCCAGGUUCAGAUUCUACCACCUGUAGUUCAGCCAAGUCCAAGAGCUCGUGGGCCCCCAAGAAGGAGCCGUACGCCCGGGAGAUGCUGGCGAUCUCCUUCAUCUCGGCCGUCAACCGCAAGCGGAAGAAGCGGCGGGAGGCUCGGGGGCUGGGCAGCAGCACCGACGACGACUCGGAGCAGGAGGCGCACAAGCCCGAGGCGGCGGCGCCGGCGCCCGGGGCCCAGGACCGGCCG